AUGGAACCUGUUUGUGACAAGUUUGAUUAUUUUGAGAAGAAUGAUUUAGAUAGAAUAAUUGACACACUACAGCAAGCCCACUUCAAAGGUAUUCUGACAGAGUUCUUUGAAAAUGUAACAUUCUUAAAGACAGGGAUUCUAGAACCAUUUGAGUU